GAAUGGUAUCAUUAUCAUGACAGUAAUCGACGACCGAGAUGCGAGCUCACAGUUAAGAGAGUGUCUUACUGUCUUCAUUACAUUUCUCUUUGUAUGUAUUGUUGUCGUCUCGGACGCGUAGGCAACUGGUAGCAGAGGCGGAGGCGGUUGUGACGGCAUGGCGGAGAUUAAGAGUAUAGCAGUUAUUGGUGGCGGACAAAUGGGAUCGGGAAUUGCCCAACUCGCCGCUGUCUACGGCAUCGACGUCUGGCUUCACGAUACCGAUGCCGACGCUCUCACCAGAGCCACCGAAUCCAUCUCUAAUUCCAUCCAGCGCUUCGUCUCCAAAGGUCACCUCUCUCAGGAAGAAGGGACUAAUGCUAUCAGACGUUUACGGUGUACUUCAAACUUGGAAGAUCUUCAUUCUGCGGAUGUUAUAAUUGAAGCCAUUGUGGAAUCUGAAGAAGUGAAGAAAUUGUUGUUUUGUGAACUAGACAGGAUCGCCAAAGUUUCCGCCAUUUUGGCAUCUAAUACAAGUUCCAUUUCGAUAACUCGUAUAGCGUCUGCUACAAGUAGACCACACCAGGUGAUUGGCAUGCAUUUUAUGAAUCCUCCUCCUAUCAUGAAACUGGUUGAGAUUGUUAGAGGGGCAGAUACAUCAGAUGAUACAUUUAAUUCAAUUAAAGCAUUGGCAGAGAGGUUUGGCAAGACAGUCGUUUGCUCCCAGGAUUAUUCUGGCUUCAUUGUAAACCGAAUUCUAAUGCCGAUGAUAAAUGAAGCAUUUUGUGCACUCUAUACUGGAGUAGCAACAAAGGAGGACAUUGAUACAGGAAUGAAGCUGGGAACAAAUCAUCCAAUGGGUCCUCUGCAACUUGCAGAUUUCAUUGGAUUGGAUGUUUGUUUGUCAAUUAUGAAAGUUCUUCAUGCUGGCCUGGGGGACGAUAAAUAUGCUCCAUGCCCUCUUCUUGUGCAGUAUGUUGAUGCUGGUCGCCUUGGAAAAAAGAGAGGUAUUGGGGUGUACAAUUAUCUUAAGGUACCUGAACAGAAUAAACCAUCAUCUCGACUUUGAAGUGUUGACAGCUAGAAAAUGACGAGCCUAGACAUCUUCCAUUAUGUGAGACAGAGAAAUCAAAAGGAGGACGUCUUUGUCAAUAAAAGUCAGCAAACAUGACCCACAAGAACAGCCUGUUAAGGAGCCCAUGUUCAUGACCAACCCCACACCCUAGAGGUGUCUUUAAUAGGAGGUAGGUAUCUAUUAAAGAUGAAAGUGACUGAAAUGGCAUCCAAUGGUAUAUGAAAAGAAGAUAGAAAGAGGAAUUAAAGCUGACCUUUCUAUAUGCAUUGUGGUAGCUGAAUAUUUUGUGAUCUGGUCUAGGCAGAGGAGCAAUGAAGUUCUUGUUUCAGUGCCCAUGCUGCUCCUGCUUCUGCUUCAUGAAGCCCAAGACAGGCAAACCAAAGGAGAAGGAAGCCAAACCUCCUGCCAAGGUAGAGAAGAAAGAAGAGAAGAAGGAAGAAGUGAAGAAGGAAGAAGUGAAGGAAACCAAGGGAGAGUGACAUUCAGCUGCAUCAGGCAGCCAGCGUCGUGGGCUUGUUGAGUAAUAUUUUCUCAAUUACAAGAAUGCAUGUACUUGUUUCAAUCAUAUGCAUCUUUGGAAGUUGACUAAUGAAUCUAUUCUCAAAUGCCCUUGUAUGGAAAAUAAAGGGGUAUUCAGUCUGUUCUUAAUGUUGUUUGUGAGUCAUCUCCCAAUUGUUGUAAAAAUGAUUUGAUCUUUAGCAUAUGUAUUUUGGUUGACUGUAAUUUGCAAAGAAUAUAUCCAAGUAAAUGCAUAACAGAGGCUCUUGUGAUCUA